AUGAGACGCGGCACCCUUAUAUUCCUGGUCAUCAAUCUGAUAAUAAUUGGUUUCCUGGUAAAUGCCUUCAGCACCCUCAUAUCACUCCUCUUCAUAGAUGGAGCAGCAGAUGCCAUCCACCGAUCAGAAAUACCCGCGCCAGGCUCAGAAUUGGUUGAGAAUCGCCCUCAGCUCAUCCCUAAAAUCAUACAUCAAACAUAUAUCAACAGUUCAAUUCCUGAGCGAUGGAAGGCCACUCAGCAAUCUUGCGUGGACUUGCAUGAUGAUUAUGAAUAUAAGUUAUGGACUGAUGACGCCUCAAGAGCAUUUAUCUCUACUGAAUAUCCUUGGUUCCUGGAUACAUUCGACAGCUAUCCCUUCCCCAUCCAACGCGCAGACUCGAUCCGCUACUUCGUAUUAGCACAUUAUGGAGGAAUAUACAUUGAUCUCGACGACGGCUGUAACCGAAAACUCGAUCCCCUCCUCAGCUAUCCCGCCUGGGUACGCCGCACCAUUCCCACCGGAAUCAGCAACGACGUCAUGGGAUCCGUCCCCCAACAUCCCUUCUUCCUCCACGUCAUCGAAUCCCUCCAAUCCUACAAUAGAAAUUGGGGCAUGCCAUACAUAACCGUCAUGUACAGCACCGGCCCGCUCUUUCUCUCGGUCCUCUGGAUCGAAUACAUGCGCACAGUUACAGAUGAGGCAGGCCGUAUACGUAAUCUUAUGCCCGACGAAUACAAUAAACACGCAUGGAGUUUCUUCAAUGUGGUGAAAGGCAAUAGCUGGCAUGGAAAAGACGCACAAACGAUCUUCUGGAUGGGCAAACAUUGGCUCCUACUUACAGUAACGGGUUUCGCCAUCGCGGGAGUGCUGGGAGGAUGUGCGUGGUUUGCGUGGAAUAUGUGGGUGGUGCGAUCGAGUAAAUCGCAUCGCAGGGGAAUGGCGCUUUGGAGGAGAGUCAGUGGAAAGGAUCGUUAUGAAUUAUUGGAUCGCGAAGCGUGA